AUGGCUUUCAUGAUGCCGGUGAUGAAGAACGAGUUCGAUAUCUACAAAGGGCGCCAGCGGCGGAUAUCGGAAUGCUCGAACCAAAGCAACUGCCGGUCGCGCAAAGUGUCGGAAAGUUCCCGGUCGGACUGUCCCAGCCUAUCCACCUCGCCCGGCAACGAAGGGUUCAUGUCGGGCUCGCCGGCACACCGUAGCCACCCGAUGUACAUGUCCCAUCUUGCCUCCCGGUCACAGUUCUCGCGCAAUUCGUCCCGCACGUCGCAAAGCUCGCUGAUCGCUUCGAGCCCUUCGAAGGCCAGCUCGGGCAGCAGUCCGCCGAAGGGUGCAACGGGACAGACAGUACCGGCGGCAGCCGCCGGAAGCCAGAGCAGCUUGAACAAGUUCCACUCCCGGCUGGUCGACAAGCUGCGAAAGUCGCUUCGCAAAAGCAAGUCGACCGAUGGCCGGUCAUGA